AUGCGAGUAAGGCGCGACCCUGUCGGCUGCUCGGCUCCCGGCGCGGGAGCCCCGGACCGAGCGCGCACGUCCGCCGGCCGCGUGCAGGGGGCGGCGUCACCCCUGCUCCUAGGGCGGGUGCGCCUGGCGGGGACACCCCGGGGCCGCGGUGCGGGGGCCGCCACGGGACAGCGGGACACAGCGGCCCAGGGCACCGUCAGGACUUUAUCGUGGCGCCGCGGAGGCUGCGGAAGCCAGCGGGUCCGCGGGGGCCUGAACUCCGCAGCCACGGGGGGCCAGGAAGGGUUCUCGUGUACCCCCCGGCCCCCCAUCCCGUACCGCUUCCCGGCGCAGGGACGACGGCGGGUGCACCCCCACUCCCCGCACCCGCUCCCCGGCCCUAAGACGGCGGGUGCACCCCCACUCCCGUACCCGCUCCCCGGCCCUAAGACGGCGGAGACGGCGGGUGCACCCCCACUCCCCGUACCCGCUCCCCCGGCCCUAAGACGGCGGGUGCACCCCCCCACUCCCCGUACCCGCUCCCCGGCCCUAGAGACGGCGGGUGCACCCCCACUCCCCCGUACCCGCUCCCCCGGCCCUAAGACGGCGGGUGCACCCCCACUCCCCGUACCCGCUCCCCCGGCCCUAAGACGGCGGGUGCACCCCCACUCCCCGUACCCGCUCCCCGGCCCUAAGACGGCGGGUGCACCCCCACUCCCCCGUACCCGCUCCCCGGCCCUAAGACGGCGGGUGCACCCCCACUCCCCGUACCCGCUCCCCGGCCCUAAGACGGCGGGUGCACCCCCACUCCCCCGUACCCGCUCCCCGGCCCUAAGACGACGGGUGCACCCCCACUCCCCGUACCCGCUCCCCGGCCCUAAGACGACGGGUGCACCCCCACUCCCCCGUACCCGCUCCCCCGGCCCUAGAGACGGCGGACGGCGGGUGCACCCCCACUCCCCGUACCCGCUCCCCGGCCCUAGAGACGGCGGGUGCACCCCCACUCCCCGUACCCGCUCCCCGGCCCUAGAGACGGCGGGUGCACCCCCACUCCCCGUACCCGCUCCCCCGGCCCUAAGACGGCGGGUGCACCCCCACUCCCCGUACCCGCUCCCCGGCCCUAAGACGGCGGGUGCACCCCCACUCCCCAGACGGCGGGUGCACCCCCACUCCCCGUACCCGCUCCCCGGCCCUAAGACGGCGGGUGCACCCCCACUCCCCGUACCCGCUCCCCCGGCCCUAGAGACGGCGGGUGCACCCCCACUCCCCGUACCCGCUCCCCCGGCCCUAGAGACGGCGGGUGCACCCCCACUCCCCCGUACCCGCUCCCCGGCCCUAAGACGGCGGAGACGGCGGGUGCACCCCCACUCCCCCGUACCCGCUCCCCCGGCCCUAGAGACGGCGGGUGCACCCCCCCACUCCCCGUACCCGCUCCCCGGCCCUAGAGACGGCGGGUGCACCCCCACUCCCCGUACCCGCUCCCCGGCCCUAGAGACGGCGGGUGCACCCCCACUCCCCGUACCCGCUCCCCCGGCCCUAAGACGGCGGGUGCACCCCCACUCCCCGUACCCGCUCCCCGGCCCUAAGACGGCGGACGGCAGGUGCACCCCCACUCCCCGUACCCGCUCCCCGGCCCUAGAGACGGCGGGUGCACCCCCACUCCCCGUACCCGCUCCCCCGGCCCUAGAGACGGCGGGUGCACCCCCACUCCCCAGACGGCGGGUGCACCCCCACUCCCCCGUACCCGCUCCCCCGGCCCUAGAGACGGCGGGUGCACCCCCACUCCCCCGUACCCGCUCCCCCGGCCCUAGAGACGGCGGGUGCACCCCCACUCCCCGUACCCGCUCCCCCGGCCCUAAGACGGCGGGUGCACCCCCACUCCCCCCGUACCCGCUCCCCCGGCCCUAA